AUGCAGGAGAAGCAACAGCCGCCGCAGCAGCAGCAAACGCGGCACGAGGCGCAUCACGAGCUCCCAGCCACUCAUGCCACGUCAGAGCGGCCCGGCCGAGUGGUGGUGGAGGGCGAAAGCGUCGCGACUUUCCUGGAGAAGCAACCCGGAAAGAUCGCCAUGCCCGCCCAGUCCGCUGAAUCUGCCGGCCGCGGCUCGUCUGAGACAGGCUUAUCUGAGGGCGGUGUAUCUGAGGGUGGUUUACCCAGUGGAGGCGGGUACUCCGGCCUCGCUGCUCCUGCCAGGGAGGAAUUGGAAUCUUUGGAGGAGUUCAGAGUGGUUGGAAAGGGUGGGAAGGUCAAGGGGGGCGACAAAGGGGAGCCUGUGGAGCUGGAGACACGUGGCGUGCAGGGAUUGGCGGAGGAGGAAGGAGCUGCAGCACGUGAAACCAAGGCAGGAGGAGGGAAAGUGCACGAGCGUGCUUCCGGGUCUGAGAAGGAAGCUUCGGAGAAGGCUGGAGAGGUGCCGAAGGGAGUAGGAGCGGAGCGGGAGCGGGGAGCUCUAGCGGGGGAGAAAGAAAAGGCAGGGGCGGAGAGAAAAGAAAGGGCGGGGAUAAGGAAAGGAGGGGCAGGGGCGGAGGUGAAAGAGGAGGGGAAAGAGGGGGCUGGGGCAAAGGAAGAAAAGGGACCAGGGGAAGGGCCAGGGGCGGAGUCUGUUGUCAUGGGCGGGGUGGAUACGGGGGAAGUUACGGGCGGGUGCACUGGUGGUGGGGCAACGGAAGGGGGGAUUGAGGCGCAGCAGACUGUUGGCUGGCAGGCGGAGAGGGGAGGCGAGGAGGUGAGGCGGAUGGAACAGGGGGUGGAGAAGCUGUCGCUGGGGGAGGGGGGGUUUCCGCAGAGCAGGGGGGAAACUGCGGGUGAGGAAGGGGUGGGCGGGGAAGGGGUGGGGGGGAAAGGUGGGGGGGAGAAGGGGAUGCGCGGAGUGGAAGAGGGGCUGCAGAGGCUGACAGUUUCGGACAUUGGGGGGAUGAGGGGGCGUGGUGGAGAGUGGGAGAAGACAGUGGAGGGCGCGCAGGGUGAGAAGGCAGGGAAGGUAAUGGAGAAGCGGAAGGGGGGAGAGGAAGGGGUUUCUGGAACGUCAGAGGGGCAGCCGGAGGUGGAAGCGGUGGAGCAGGGAAUGAGGAGGCUGGCAAUGUCUGCUCAAGGCGGGGAGAGUGGUGGGAAGGAACGGAAGGAGGAGGGGAAUGAGGGAGGUGGGGUGGAGGUGGGGGAGGCAGAAGGUGGGGGACGGGUUGUGGCGGGUGGAGGGGUUGUGGAGAGGGCACAGGACGUUGCCACGUCAGCUUGGACCAGCACAACUGGAGCGAUCACAGAUACUGUCAAGGUGCUCGGCUCCCUCACUGGUUUCGCCCCCACCAGUACCGAGGUGCCUGCUAACGCUGCACGAAGCUCAGGUGCAGGAGGGACUGGCGAUAGAGGGAUCUGUGUGUUCAAGAGGAGUGGAAUGUGUCGGACAGGUGCUGCUGGUGUGAUCAACGUGGUGGGUGUGCAAGGCCUUCUGUGGCAUGGGAGGUGGGAGAGGUUUGAUGGAUGUGACGCCGGUGGUGUGAUUUCAUGUGGGGUGUGCUCGCACGGUGUGAUUGAAUGUGGGUGUGAUCUUGUGUGGGCUGCGCUGUUUGUGGUUUGA